GGGGCGGGGCGGUUGCGCGGCGGCGGCCGGGGAGGGUCAGUUGGAAGCAGGCGCUCGCUGAGGCAAGAGGAGGGCUCUCGGCCCGCGGCCUGACAGGGACUUAGCCCGCAGAGACCGGCCCGCGCGCGCGACCCCACACCCACUCACUCGUCCACCUACCCACUCCCCGCGCCGCCUCCUCCCACCCUGAGCAGAGCCACCGAGGAUGAUAAACACCCAGGACAGUAGUAUUUUGCCUUUGAGUAACUGUCCCCAGCUCCAGUGCUGCAGGCACAUUGUUCCAGGGCCUCUGUGGUGCUCCUGAUGCCCCUCACCCACUGUCGAAGAUCCCCGGUGGGCGAGGGGGCGGCAGGGAUCCUUCUCUCUCAGCUCUAAUAUACAAGGACGAGAAGCUCACUGUAACCCAGGACCUCCCUGUGAACGAUGGGAAACCUCACAUCGUCCAUUUCCAGUAUGAGGUCACCGAGGUGAAGGUCUCUUCCUGGGAUGCAGUCCUGUCCAGCCAGAGCUUGUUUAUAGAAAUCCCAGAUGGAUUAUUAGCUGAUGGGAGCAAAGAAGGAUUGUUAGCACUGCUAGAGUUUGCUGAGGAGAAGAUGAAAGUGAACUACGUCUUCAUCUGCUUCAGGAAGGGCCGGGAAGACAGAGCUCCACUCCUGAAGACAUUCAGCUUCUUGGGCUUUGAGAUUGUACGUCCAGGUCAUCCCUGUGUCCCCUCUCGGCCAGAUGUGAUGUUCAUGGUUUACCCCCUGGACCAGAACUUGUCUGAUGAGGACUAAUGGUCAUAGAGGAUGCUUUGCCCAAGAGCCACAGUGGGGGAAGAGGGGAAGUUAGGCAGCCCUGGCACAGAUGAGAGUGUUUCUGGCUGUCUAAGGAAGGACAUUGAGGGGCUCAGGUUGAGGGUUGCCCAUUGUGUUCUCGGAGUUGACUCGUUGAAAUUGUUUUCCAUAAAGAACAGUAUAAGCAUAUUAUUCACAUGUAAUCACCAAUAGUAAAUGAAGAUGUUUAUGAACUGGCAUUAGAAGCUUUUUAAACUGCGCUGUGAUGUGCUCCAUCUAGCCUAGGGGAGAAAAUUGACUGGAGGGGGAGAGACUGCCUGGUCCAGGGGGCAGGGGCAGGAGGGCAGCACUGUCAGGCUUGGGUUUCCUUGCAGUUGGGCUUUCUUUUUUUGGUUUUUAAGAUUUAGGUAUUUUCUUUCUUUGCUUCCUGUCACCCAGGGGCUCCUGAGUAUAGGCUUUUUAGCUCCUGGGCAGUGUCCUCGGGUUGUUUUUGACACUCCACCUUGGGCUUCUUGGCAUUUUGUGUCUGGCCUGGUAUAAGCAGGUCUGACCUUGCUUUCUUUACAGCUUAGUGUUAUUCUGGCAUUUGGUUAAGCUGGCUUAAUCUGUUUAAUGUUACCAGUGCAUUUUAAUAGGGGCAUUGAAACUCACCCCCCACCACUUAGGCUUUUUUUGGGGUGCCUGGGCCUUAAGAAACUAGCCAAACGACAUCUCAAGUUACCACCGGAGUUCUUGCCUCUGUGGUCCAGGCCCCAAGAUCUCUUUCCUAGGAAGAGCAGAGAGGAAGCCUAGCAAACUCAGGGCUUGGGAUUUGUGGGAGAAGUCUAUUCUUAGGGACUGGAUGCCUCUGGCUGGCCAAGCAUAGUAUGGACUGCCUCCCCAACAGGUUCCAAGCAGUGCCCGCUCUACAGGGCCUAGGGGUGUAGGCUGGACUGUAGAAGUGGCCUGCCCUUUACUGCUUUCACCAAACAGCUUGUUCUAAAGGGAAAAGAAGAGAGAGAGAGAUCUACAUUGGGUGCGGGGGUGUCAGGGAGGCAAGUGUGUUGUGUUACUGUGUCAAUAAAACUGAUUUAAAGUUG